UACGCUGUUGUGACUAGUACUGACUACAGCGCUGUAAUUGCCAAAAGCUCUUUGACUAUGGUGUGCUAUCAAGAAGCGAGGGAUCUCUCGAACCCUCAGUAUGAAUCCUUCACGUCCAUCGGCCGUUGCAUUCAUUUUGCUGACUUCCACGACUGCUGGGAGAGAAAGGAUUUCGUCACCCGACGCUUAAAUAGCACCAUAAGCAGCUGUGGAUUUCAGGUUUUGUGGAUGGCUCCCUCCAAGACAACCACUGAGCACAAUUUCUACGGCAACAUGACGUUCACAAUAGAUUUCAACGAACUUCUUGAUCACGUCAGGCCUGCAAACAUGUACUAUGUGGAUCAAAUCAUGUUCAACCAGCAUAUGGUUACAAGAAUUUUACUCACGCGUCAUUCGUACCCUCGUCUGAAAUCGGUGAACACUUCAGCAGCGGACUCGCCUCUAAAGGCCACGUAUGGAUCACCGCGUGGCUGGCAACACGCCACAUCGUGUUCCGUAUAUGGUAGAAUGCAACCUCAUGAGCUGGAAAUUGCCUUCGACCCCACAGGAAGUGACAGCUCGUGGCUCUUCCGCAAAUGCAGAAUUUCAGCGAACUAUCACUCGAAGGCUAAUACCGGUGCGUACCACGUCUGUCACAGAUUUAAUAAUUUCGGAGCUCAGUGUCCGCAUUCUUUGGAUGACGAAAGCAGCGUCCGCAUUAUACGUUCCUGGGUGAAAGCACUUGAAGAAAAUGAAAAAAAUGUAAGCACUUCUGCAAAAGCGGACCGUGAUGUGUUUGCGCUAGCGUACAAGGAGGUUACAGGCAAAGAAUACGACAACAGAGGAAGAGGCUUUUAGGUCAGAGCCUCUGUCUGGAUAAACUACAACCGAGUCCUUGGUCCAGAAAAUUUAAUUGGAAAGUGUAUGCACUGCAUAUAUAAUAUGCUCAAGAAUUGAAUAUUAUUUUAAAAGCUGUAGAUUUCUUUAAAGUAUUAUAUUCGCGUGUGUGUUGGACAAAAAAUUAGGUGAAUCUUGACCUGCAAGAAAGUCGAAGUGCAGUGAAGUUUUUUAAUGAUGUCGCAAAUUCUGGAAAUAAUUCAAAUUAUAUUUUUCAAUUCGACUGAUAAGUUCUCAUGGGUUUUUCUUGCAUUUUAGCUAAAAUGAUUUUUAAUUGUAGUCGCUUCGGAUAAUUCAUUUACUGUUGAAAAGUGUUUUCUUAGAAUUAGAUUCAUUUUAAGAUCAUACGACAGUCUUAUGCAAUUCUCUGACUCGGAUACAUCCACUUAAAAAUCUCGAUAUGGAGAUAUGUCAAAUUUGUAUUUUCUUGGAAAUAUACAUAUUGGUUCCGAAACUUUGUAGUGAUUUCAUGAGUAUUAUUAGAAUAAAACAAUAUUUUAUACUUCUUGAUGUCUUAAUUAGGUACAAUUCUCAUCCGUGAACCUAUAGUCUGAAGGUAAACAAAAUGCAGUAUUUAAAAGACAACGUAACAACUACAGAAGCCAGUUAACCAUGGCCAGUUUCUAUAAAUUUAAUAUCUGAUAUUUUUUGUUAUAAGUUUGAUUUCCGGUAAUGACUAUUAUUACUAUGUAAUUUAAUUCACAAUAAUUUUAGUACGUAGCGCAAAUUUCAACCAAGCCCUCUGGCAACAUCGAUCGUUGGGGUUCACAGCACCAAGCCAAGCCUCUUCUACUUCUGAUGCGCUACUACAUAGGGUGUCGAGUACUUUCUCGUGUGUUGUGGUAAAAUUAAUAAUUCACUGGGUGAGUAGUGAUCCGAGUGUUAACACUCGGAUCUUAACACUAGUUCGCUCUAACACCAGAGGAGAGAUCGGCUUCCUGGCAGAAGAUCGCCGUCUGAACGUGGCCGUGACCCGAGCACGGCGCUAUCUGAGUGUGGUGUGCGACACAGACGUCAGACGUUACAGCAGCACAGCUUCCUAAAGACCUUCGUCGAGUAUAUGCUCACCAACGCGAAAGUGGUGACCCGCCGUUGAUACGAACACCCAGAUGUGAACAAAUAUUCCUCAUUGUGAAAUAAAACCCAACCUUGCCGACCAACACCCCGAAAAAAACCCUAGGGCCUAAUCAAAAUUUUUUCAACCGCAACUCUAACGGCCAGACCAGAAACUUUAUUCCUCACAAAUUUUAUUGACAUCCUACAUAUAUGUCUAUAAAUUUUUUCAUGUAUUCUGAUCCUAGCAAAUCUGAAUAUUCAACCUCACAAGAUACUUUCCCUUGUUAAUUGUACACACAAGAAACAUCAUCUCAUCACCCUGCUCAAGUGCCCUGCCCAAAAGAGAUCAGCACGCGGAACUUCAACUCUCAAGACCAGACUGGAAAGGAAGGCAAAACAAACAUCAGUACGUGGUACUUCAACUCGCAAGACGAGACUGAAAAAGAAGGCACAACUUACUGCCUACUGCUCUCAAUAUCAGCAGCCUGAACUUAACCAGAGAGUGAGUCUAAUUCAAGAAAAUUUUCAGUAAAACCGGUGCAGAAUUUUUUUUUUUGUGCGUAUUGAGAUCAGUGUUGCCAUCCUUACAGUGUAAACUGUAAACUGUGUACUAUCGAUAUUGUCUCGCAGCAUUGCUAAUCCCUUGAGUUCCAUUACUAAACCAUCCUGUGAGUGUGAAAACAUGCUUCUAAACAUGCAAAUUGAUUCAAAACGUUUUCCAAUUUGCAAAUUGACUGAAAGAUCUCGAAAGUGCAAAUUGACUCUGAAAGUUGCUAGAGUGUGAAAAAUAACUAUAAUUCAUUUAAAUGUCAUAAUGUCAUCAAUUAUUGAACGUCGAGUGAAAAUGAAAAAAUUUGUGACUACUGACAAUUUUAAGUACAAACCGCCUGUAAAGUGAAUCUCUUUACCAUUAUGAUUUAUGCUUCUUGGCAUAUGCUGUGUUGUCGCUUCUCAAGGUUGCCACAAAAUCAGCACAGCCAAAGAUGUGAUGCUUCGUGAUGUAUUCUGCACUUAUUAGCCUAUCAACAUAUUUUUGAUUGAAUUUGUCAGCUAGCAAUUUUUUUACAAUUGUGUUAAUGCACAAAGCUAUAAAAUUCCUGUUGAACCUAGGUAGCUGCCUUAAAUUACUCUCAAUCUCAAAGCCAAACUACCUGUAAAAUUAAUGAGAAUAUUGUAUAGCUGGAUUUCCUGUUCCCACUAUCAAUUAGUGCUAACGAUUGUCCUGCCUACAACUUGGUAAUAUCUCUUUACUUAUGAAUUAAUUUUCUCCAUGGACUGAAAUUUGUAUUCAGGCACUCUCUUUUACGCCUCACAAUGCCUGUUGCAAACAUGAAGUCUCACUAUUAUUUUAUUUCCACAUGUAACCUAGCUUGGACAAUUUGAGAGAGAAUCCUUCACUGAAUUGAAGCAAGCUCCACUUAACCACGUCCCGCUCUGACUAUAUUUCUCGUCUAUAACUAUCAUACUCCAGCUAAUUCUAAUUACAUUUCGUUUAUGCAUUCCUAUUAUUCACAAGCUUACUGAUGUUUAAUGCCAUACACAAUGCAUGCCCACAAACGUCUGGUAACUAUUUUUUUUUUUUGCUCUCUAGAGAUAAAGCUUAACGUCGGUUAUUCUUUGACCUCUCUUCUCAUCUAUGAUGAAUUAUAAAUAUUGCUCCCAAUGUAUUUUGAUAACAUCUCGUUUUAUGUCAUUGACGCAAAUGCUAUCGAUCCUAUUAUGUAUUGCUACAGCACAGGCUACGAGUCUCUGCUAAUUCAGUACCGGGAUGAAUGAUAUUGAUUUUCUCGAUUUGCAUUACUUUUAAGAUUGUUAUUGUAUCACCGUCUACAUAUAUUCUUAGGGAACUCCGUUCUCGCCGUGGAAGUCCUGUAGUGAUUCGCACUAGUAUUUCUCAUGAAUGUCAUAGUUACGUAAUUUUAUUAAACCUUCAAACUCGUGAUUAUCGACCUCUAACAAUAUCUUACUUAAUUACCUUGAUCUCGAUUACUUAUUGCUGAUUUCAUCAAUUUCAUUAUUA